UCUACUUUCUCGGGGCCCGCCCCGCCCCUCCCUGCCUGGCGGUACUUGCUUCUUGGCCAAGGGCCUUGCCUCAAUUUUGGCUGCGGGGGCUGUGAAACUCCUGAGAUCCAGAAACAGUCGGGCGCGGGCGGAGCGGCUGGGCUGUGUAGCUGCGCCGUGGCCACACGGGCGUGGUGCCGCCUGCAUUGCUGCAGGGAUGGCGGGACCGGCCACAUUCCUCUCAAGGAGAUGCCGGCCAUACAGCUGGACACGCAGCACAUGGGAACAGAUGUUGUCAUUGUGAAAAAUGGAAGAAGAAUCUGUGGCACCGGAGGUUGUUUAGCCAGUGCACCUUUACAUCAGAACAAAAGCUACUUUGAUUUCAAAAUCCAGUCUACUGGAAUCUGGGGUAUAGGUGUUGCAACUCGGAAAGUGAACUUGAACCAGAUUACUCUCGGCCGAGACAUGCAUAGUGUGGUGAUGAGAAACGAUGGAGCCCUGUACCACAACAACGAAGAAAAGAGCAGGCUGCCAGCCAACAGCCUUCCUCAGGAGGGCGAUGUAGUGAGUAUCACAUAUGACCAUGUAGAAUUAAAUGUGUAUUUGAAUGGGAAAAACAUGCACUGUCCAGCAUCAGGUAUACAAGGGACAGUACAUCCAGUUGUGUAUGUUGGUGACAGUGCAAUUCUGGAUUGCCAGUGCAGUGAAUUUUAUCAUACUCCUCCACCAGGUUUUGAAAAAAUAUUAUUUGAGCAGCAGAUCUUCUGAAUGUGUUUGUUUCCAAAACUGGCGCUUCUGCACAGCCACACAGCGC